UAUAGUGAGUGUGGGGUCCGGGGAGACCAGAUAUAGUGAAUGCAGGGUCCGGGGAGAGCGGAUAUAGUGAAUGCGGGGUCCGGGGAGAGCGGAUAUAGUGAAUGCAGGGUCCGGGGAGAGCGGAUAUAUGAAUGCGGGGUCCGGGGAGAGCGGAUAUAGUGAAUGCGGGGUCCGGGGAGACCAGAUAUAGUGAAUGCAGGGUCAGGGGAGAGCGGAUAUAGUGAAUGCGGGGUCCGGGGAGAGCGGAUAUAGUGAAUGCAGGGUCCGGGGAGAGCGGAUAUAGUGAAUGCGGGGUCCGG